CGUGCCGGGGCGGCCAUGGUGGAGGUGACGGUGACGCCGCGCUCCUCGCUGGCCGACGGGCCGGUGCGGGUGCGCGUGCGGGGCCUGGCGCCGCGGCAGCGGGUCACGCUGCUGGCCUCGCUCGCGGACGAGCGCGGCGGCCGCUUCCGCGCGCGCGCCUUCUACGCCGCCGACGAGCGCGGCGAGGUGGACGCCGAGCGCCACGCCGCCCUCGGGGGAGACUUCGCCGGGCRCUGGCCCAUGGGCCUCUUCUGGUUCCUGCGCCCCGAGGCGCCCUUCCAGCGGCUGGUGAAGCGGGACGUGGCCGGCAGCCCUUUCCGCGUCCGCCUCGAGGUGUUCGACGGCGUCCGCGUGGUGACGGGCCCGGAGGAGCCGCCGCUGGCCGCCUGCACCGCCGAGCGCUGGUUCGUGGGCCCCGGCGUCCGGCGGACCCCCGUCCGCGAGGGCAGGGUGCGCGGGGCCCUCUUCCUGCCUCCAGGAGCCGGGCCGUUCCCAGGGGUGAUCGACAUGUUUGGGGGCGCCGGGGGCCUCAUCGAGUUCCGAGCGGGGCUGCUGGCCAGCCGCGGCUUUGCGGUGCUGGCCCUGGCCUUCUUCGCCUACGAGGACCUGCCCCGCACGCUGACGCAGCUGGACCUGGAGUACUUCGAGGAGGCCGCGGAGCUGCUGCUCCGGCACCCUAAGGUGCGAGGGCCCGGCCUGGGGGUCGUCGGCGUGUCCAAAGGGGCAGAGGUGGCCCUGGCCAUGGCCGCCUUCCUGCCGCAAGUGGCGGCCACGGUGUGGAUCAACGGCUCGGCCUUCCUCCACGGCAGCCCGCUGCUCUACAAGGGCCUCCGCAUCCCCGCUAUCCCCUACUACGUGGAGCGCCUGCUGUUCACGGAGCUGGGAGCCUUGGACAACUACGAGCUCUUCGGCGAUCCCCGGGACCCUGCUCACAGCGGCUGCGCCAUCCCCGUGGAGAAGAUCCGGGGCAAGGUGCUCUUCGUGGUGGGAGAGGCCGACCGCAACUUCAACAGCAAGCUCUUCGCCGAGAUGGCCGCGGCGCGGAUGAGGAAGGACAGCUACCGCCUGCUCUCCUACGCCGGCGCCGGGCACCUCAUCGAGCCCCCUUGCUCGCCGCUCUGCAGCGUCUCGAGCAUCCGCGGCAGCCCCUUCCCCGUGCUGUGGGGCGGCGAGCCCCAGCCCCACGCCAGGGCGCAGGAACACUCGUGGCAGGAGAUCAUCCGCUUCCUGGAGCAGCAGCUGGGGCCGGCCUCCAGGUGCCGGCUGUGA